AUGCUUCACAGCGAGAGCGAAUACAACGCUUCACAUCACAUCGACACAAAUCAGGGCAAUCUGGCCAGUUUGUUGUCAGGAAGAGUUGCUAUCGACGCUGGAGAUUCUUCAGGUAUCGAUUCGCCAAUGACAGACAAGUGCGAUGGAAGAUUCUGCAUCUGUGGUGAAGCUACUUGUUUACAAAGGUGCCAAAGUGGACCCAAAGAUGGACCCAAAGAUGAUGCGAUUUCGAGCAACACCGAUUGGUCAGAUGAAGACGUUUUUGCAGCAUCGUUUUAG